AUGUUAAAUAAUUUACGCGAUGUUUUUGGUGUUAAAAAUAUUUUCCGAUCAAAUGAAUUUGAUAAAAUUAGUAAACAAGAAUUAUCAACAUUAGAAAAAUUAAUCGGAAAAACAUGUAAAGAGAUUAUGGUUAUCGAUCUGCGUGGAAGUUCUGUAAAGAAAAAUUUUUGUGGAUUAC